AUAUAUGGAGUCCCACUAGUAGGGAGCAUUAGAGGGUGUGUCUUGGUACUAGUGCUAGCCCGUGGGGAAAUGAGAAAUGAACAACAGUGGGCAGCAACAGGUGGCCCACUGUCUGGUGGGUAAACUGCUUUCAAUACUGAAUCUAAGAAGAAUGUCUUUUGGGGGGCUUGGGAACCACAUAAAAAUCUCCUCAUUAGAGAGAUUUCUGGGUGAGGGUCUAUGGCUCCAUGCUGUUCCAUUUCAACAGAGGAACAAAGCUGGGCUAGAGGCUAUUUGCAGUAAAGUGGGGAAGUUGAUUGAGAUGGAUGAGUCUGAUGUCUCAGGGCUGGGGAAGUCACUAAGGGAAAGGGAAGAGUUGAUGGGCCUGAGAUGGAAAAUGCGAACUAGUGACCAAUCUGAGAAAGAAACAAGAGGGACUACUCUGGAAGGUGGAGGUCUAAUUGGGAUGAGUUCACAAGGGGAAGACUUGCGGAUGAUGGGUGGUGAGGGGUCAGUGGUGUCAGAGGCGUAUAAGAAUCAGGAUGAAGAGCAGGGGGAGCUGAUAGAGGAGAGGCUGGACAGGUUUGUUGCAAAUAGUGAGUGGACAAUCAUGUUCCUAGAGGCAAAGCAUGAAGAUGAUGAAGAAUCUGAAGAUUGGGGACUUUGCAUAGAGAGUAGUAUAGAUUCCUGGGUGAUGGAUUCUGGUACAUCUGUUCAUGCCACACACAGCAUGAAGAUGAUGAAGAAUCUGAAGAUUGGGGACUUUGGUAAGAGGACAAGACGCAGGGUCAAAGAAGGAGGCAAAGAGGACUCAAGGAACUGCACUUGGGAGCUAUCCAAAUUGAUACAAAAGCAUCGUGUUGUAUCUCUGGUGAUCGGAGAUCCACCGGCAGAGUGCUCCACCAUGAAAGAGUACGUGGAGAAUUAUACCCGGAUUCUGAACCAAAGUCCUGAGUUGGAUCACAUAGCCUACACUAUGGUGGAUGAGGGAGGGUCGACCCAAGAAGCCAAUAAGACCAUGACUCCUUCCCAGGCGAAGAACAACAAGAAGAUGAGGAACAAAGCUGGGCUAGAGGCUGUUUGCAGUAAAGUGGGGAAGUUGAUUGAGAUGGAUGAGUCUGAUGUCUCAGGGCUGGGGAAGUCACUAAGGGUUAGAAUGAGACGUGAUAUCAACAAACCUCUCUGUCGAGGGAGAAAGCUAACUCUAGAAGGUAAAUCUAUAUGGGUUUAUUUCAAAUCAGUUUUUCAGCCGUGUAUGGAAACAAUGGCAGAUGAAAAGAUAAAGAUUGAAAAGUUUGAUGGAAGUGAUUUUGGGUUUUGGAAGAUGCAAAUCGAGGAUGUUCUUUAUCAGAAAGACUUAUACCAAACGUUAUCGGGAGAAAAGCCAGAAAAGAUGAGUGAUGCAGAUUGGGCGAUUUUGGACAGGAAAGCUUUGGGAGUGGUUAGGUUGUCAUUGGCGAAGAGUGUUGCUUUCAACAUAGUCAAUGAAACGACUACGCAUGGGUUAAUGAAAGCUUUGUCGAAUAUGUACGAGAAACCCUCAGCAUUGAACAAGAUGAUGAAGAAUCUGAAGAUUGGGGACUUUGGUAAGGUACGACUUGGUAACGAUGAAAUUCUGGAUGUUACGGGCAUGGGGGAUAUUGACUUGAAAACUUCAGUUGGAGCCACUUGGACUUUGAAAAACGUCAGAGUCAUUCCAAGCUUGAAGAGGAUGCUUAUCUCAGUUGGGCAGUUGGAUGAUUCGGGUCUUGAUGUUAAAUUUGGUGGUGGACAGUGGAAGGUGGUCAAAGGAAAUCUUGUUGUUGCUCGUGGCAAGAAAAGGGGCUCGUUAUAUAUGGUCGAGAUACCUCCAGAAGGAGCAAGUCCAGUUUUUGUAAAAGAAAAGGUCCGGUUCAAAGAAUCUCGUGUGCUAAAGAGGGUUACCUUUGCAAAGGAAAAACUCAGAGAAAGAGUACAGAUUCAAGAUGAACUAGCUCGGAAGGUUCAACCAGUCAGGGAAUUUUGUGACAGUGGGAGCACAGGUCGUGCUUCAGUCCCAAUCCGACAGUGGGUUAGGAAAACUAGUAUUCCGGCGUUGAAUGUUUCUCCUGUUAACAAUUUGCUUGGUUUGGAGAAUGUAGGUUCUCAGUUUGUCUUAGAAGCUAGGAGAGUGAUAGAUGUGUCACACUCGGAGCUAGCAGAGAAAGAGAACGAGUCACGGGUUGUGACUGAUGAGUUGAAGCUCAGUGGGAGCUUCAACGGGCCUUCAGAUAACUGAAGAGAAGGCCGCUGCAAGUAGUGGAAAAUGAGGAUUACAAGAGUUACAGAUGAUGAAGACUAAGGGGCGUUGUUCGAGCCUCCAAGUGGGAGAUUGUUGGGCGAAUUGAGUGUGGAGGCUAUUCAGUAUUCAUAGAUACCCCAACAAUACAUAAUUCAAAUUUUCAGUGUGAAUAAUAAAUCCUAGGAAAGAAAUCAAAUAGCUUUGAUGCCCAUGUUUAUAUCACAUAUGGAUAUAAGAAAAAUAUUGGAUACAA